AUGAGCACCGAAACGACGACGCCCACGCACCCCGCCAACAGGCCAGGCCUCGGAGCCCCGCUCGGCAAGUACGUCACUGCAUCCCAACGCGAGACCAUCUUCCCUUCCGCCCUGCUCGGCUGGCUGCCCCGGCCGUACACUGUACGCGAGCGCGCGAUGAUGGCGUUCGUCGCGAGCGUUAUCGACAAGGACGGCUGGCGGGACAAGGUGUUCAACGAGGAGAUUGUGGGCAAGUGGAGGGAGGAGCUGAAGGAGGGCGUGAGGCUGGCUGGAUAUGUGGAUCCGCGUAAGGGUGGGGGUGACGGUGACGGUGAGGUCGAAGGUGACGACGGUGGGGGGGAUGGUACGGCCGAUGCCGAGGACGAGGACGGGAACGACGACGACGACGACGAGAACGACGACGAGGACGAUGACGACGACGAGAACCCCCUCUCCUGUGGGUUCUCAGACCAGAUGUUCGAGUACUGCAUAGCCGAGCUGCGGGCCAAGGCCAAGCUCUACGGCGAGAUCAGCUUUGUCGAGCUGCUUGAGAGGAACGCGGCCAUCUUCCUGUCCGACGACGCGGUGGACGAGCAGCUUCGGGACUCGCUCAUCGCGGCGGUCAAGCCGCUCGAGGACGUGCCCGACGCCGACAAGGACUGGCACCCAGGCAGCGACGACAAGGUACUCGACCUCGUUCACCCUUCGCUCUGGCCGCUGGUAUUCGGAAAGACGCGUGCUGCGGACCGCGAAAUCAGCCUCAGCGAGUGCCUCGGCCUGGCUGGCAGCGGCGAGGUGGUCCCCGUUCCCGAGGAGAAGAUUCCAGACAUCCCAGGGCGGCACGACGGGUGGCCCACGAAGCGGCAAAACGUCUCAUACAAGUUCCAGUGGCUGCCAGCCGAGGUGGACGUGGACAACGACGGCAAGGCGACCUUCAAGAGCUACAUCAACAACCUGCACCCGUCCAACGGCGCGCUGUACAGCGUGCUCGAGCGCCUCGUGUCCAAGUUUAUACCCCUCUGGUCGGCAACGUACGACCGCGUGAUCCGCUGCCAGCGGGCGGGCGAGCCAGCGCGCGUCCGCCUCGACUUCAUGGGCGGUGGGGAGGAAAUCUGCCGGAUGGGGUCGGUCGCGUGUGACUGUUACGGUCGCGAACAGGAUGCGCCGUCUGGGUGGCGUCCUGAGGGUUGGGAGGGCGACCCGGACGAGGAGGGGUGGGAAUCGGGGGACGACGACGAGCUCAUAGAUGCGUUCGACGAGUUUUACGAGGCGCAUCACGACAUCGUGCAGCCCGAGCCCACGGUUUUCUCCCCGUUCACCGAGGAUGAGGUGGCCGCGAGGUACAAGACGCAGGGGCCUUGGUUCGGGGACCUCGCGCCGACUGGCAGGCUGCAGGUGAUUGUCAAGCUCGCCAACAUCCACCUCACGCCCGAGAAGCCGAGCUACGACGGCGGCAGCUGGCACAUUGAGGGUGCCCUCAACGAGCGGAUCUGCGCCACCGGGCUGUACUACUACGACAACGAGAACAUUACCGAGUCGCACCUCUCGUUCCGGGGCGCGACGGACGGAAACAGCAUGGCCACGGAUUUCAACUACCGUCAGCACGAUCACCGCGAGUUUGAGACAACGUACGGCGGCGGAUCAUACGAGUCGUCGGUCCAGAACGUCGGCGCCGUGCUCACCAAGCAGGGGAGGCUGCUCGCGUUCCCCAAUGUGCUGCAGCACUGCGUGGUGCCCUUCGAGCUGGAGGACAAGAGCAAGCCGGGCCACCGCAAGAUUGUGGCCUUCUUCCUCGUCGACCCGGCCACGCCCGUCGUCUCGACGGCAAACGUGCCCCCGCAGCAGAAGCACUGGGGCAACACGGGUGCCGCGCUCGGCGACCGCCUGCCCUUCGAGAUCCGGAGCAUGAUCGACGAGCACAUCGACUGCCCGUACGGGUGGGACGAGGCGCGCAAGCUGCGCGAGGAGCUGAUGGAGGAGCGCAAGGCGCUCGACGGCGAGGCGGGCAAGCAGAUCGAGGCGCACCAAUUCAACCUGUGUGAGCAUUAG